UUUAACUUCUGAAAUCUAAUACUCUGUUCUGCAUUGCUGUUCUGGUGACUGUCUUAGUGUGCCCUUGUUUGUGAUCUAAUAUCAUUAUUAAGGAUGUUACCUAAUGUUGUUGACUCUAUUCCAUUUAUCUGUAGGCUCCAGAAGGUGAAUCUCAACCCAUGACCGAAGUGGACCUCUUCAUUUCUACACAGAGAAUAAAAGUAUUGAAUGCAGACAUGCAGGAAACUAUGAUGGAUCAUCCUCUGAGGACUAUUUCUUACAUUGCGGAUAUAGGGAAUAUAGUUGUUCUGAUGGCUCGUAGACGAAUGCCGCGAUCAAAUUCCCAGGACAAUGUGGAAGCAUCUCACCCCUCCCAAGAUGGAAAAAGGCAAUACAAAAUGAUUUGUCACGUCUUUGAGUCUGAGGAUGCACAGCUGAUUGCACAGUCCAUAGGUCAAGCAUUUAGCGUGGCGUACCAGGAAUUUCUGAGGGCAAAUGGAAUCAAUCCAGAAGACCUAAGCCAGAAGGAAUAUAGUGACUUGCUCAAUACCCAGGACAUGUACAAUGAUGACCUGAUUCAUUUUUCCAAAUCUGAAAACUGCAAAGAUGUUUACAUUGAAAAGCAAAAGGGAGAAAUUCUAGGUGUAGUGAUUGUGGAAUCUGGCUGGGGAUCCAUUUUGCCUACAGUUAUCAUAGCCAACAUGAUGCAUGGAGGACCAGCAGAGAAGUCUGGGAAACUAAACAUAGGGGACCAGAUCAUGUCAAUUAAUGGGACCAGUUUGGUUGGCUUACCACUCUCAACAUGCCAGAGCAUUAUAAAGGGUUUGAAAAACCAAGCCCAAGUUAAACUGAACAUAGUUAGAUGUCCUCCAGUAACCACAGUCUUGAUCAGGAGACCUGACCUCAGAUACCAGUUGGGCUUCAGUGUACAGAAUGGGAUUAUCUGUAGCCUUAUGAGAGGAGGUAUAGCAGAGCGGGGAGGAGUGCGAGUUGGCCAUCGUAUCAUUGAAAUCAAUGGGCAAAGUGUUGUAGCAACACCUCAUGAGAAAAUUGUUCACAUUCUCUCAAAUGCUGUUGGUGAGAUUCAUAUGAAGACCAUGCCAGCUGCCAUGUACAGACUGUUGACUGCGCAAGAGCAACCAGUUUAUAUCUAAGGCUGACACCUUACCUUCACAACGUGCAUGGAGGAUGUUUUUCCUCAUUAGUGCUUGUGUUUCUACUGCUGCAUUUGUGUCUGCAGAGACAUUUCUCUCUCUCCCCAACAUUUGCUCUGUAUGGAGGGGGAGGGGAAAUAUAUCCAUGAGACUUUUUGGUUGCAUCUCUUUACAAGUAAAGCUUUAUGCAAUUCCACACACACACACGAUAAAUAGCAGCAGUGUCCAUGGUAGGAUUCACAAAAAAGAAGAGUUACAUACCUGUGAAGAAUGAAUAAAUGAUGCUGUGAUAAAACCCAUUGUUCAAAUGCAUACCUUUUAAUUCUCAUUUAUCAGUUCUUCGGGGGGGGGGGGGGGGGAGUGAUCUCUAAAUAUCCAGCAAGACUAAUAUUGAGGGGCUAUGCUGAGAAGCUAUACUUUCUAAACUCUUAAUUCCAGAUUUCGUGCACACAGCUGUGCAUUGGUGUAUAUAGACUUUUUUUAAAUUGUGCUCAAUUGCUUAAUAUUUAUGAAGCUUGAAAAUAAUAGAUCUGCACACUGUUCUAAGUAAUUUUGUUACUCUGAGCCAGUUUUAAAGUAUUUUUUGUCAAAAGACUUGUCUAAUUUUAGUGACUUUUUUCUUUAGACAUAGAUAAAUGGGAGAAGUAAAGGUAACGUAGGAAUAAAUUUAUUUUGUUAUAUAAGUUAAUUUGUGAUUUGUUUUUUCCAUAUGACACUUAGAGGAUGUGUGUGAAUACUAUACAGACUUGUAUGAAGAAGAAAUGUAGAGAUGUAUGAAAUCCAGGAUUUGCUUGGUCUAUAACCAAUAAUCAAUGUCAGGGACAAAGGGGGAAAAACAGUUAAAGAAUAAAGCAGCAGGUGGCUCUUUUUCCUCAGGAAGAAGAAAAUGCUCUGUUUUGUGUAGCUACAUUCUCUCAGUACUGCAUACUGAUGUUUACGCUGAAAUCGAACCAUAUAUUUAGACCAGGCUGAUGCCUUGAAUUUUUUGGAAGCAACAGUUUCUGCUGUGUUGUACUGUGAUAUAAAGGUUUAGUGUAAUUAAAAAUAAGACCAGGACACACAUGGAAAAAGAAAAAAAUCCCAGCCUUCUCACUUGAAGCUGCUCAUAGCCAUUGGUUUCUCAAUCAUUGUGGAAUUGACUGUGCAGUGCAUUGUGUUUGGAGACUAGUAAUGAUACCUGGACUUUACUCUAGAGAUACCAUGGAUGUAUAUGUGUGUGUGUAGACAUGCACACCUCUGUUGAUGAGAACUAUAAAAAGUAUGUUUCUAUCUGAGUACUUGUUUUCCAUCUGUGGUCAGAGGUGCGUAUUUUGCCUUUCAGAAACCAUGGACCUACAUGAGCUGGAGAGAGAGAGCGAGAGAGAGAGAAAAUAAGCUUUAUAUUUGAAUGGGCAGUAAAUAUUUAAGGGAGAUAAUGGGAUGGAGCAUAAGCUAUUGUAGUAAGUGAAUAUGUUUUAGUGUGAAAGUACUAUACAGUGACUUGAUUUACUGCAGUUCUUGUUGUGUAAUUUAAUCUCGAUCUCUGGAAUAGCAGAUUUUGCAAGAAAAGGGUAUUAGUAUUCCAGGUUAGUAUUUACCUCUGCUAUCAGACUGCUGUAAAUAGAUUGUGAAUGACUUGUGAGUAGAGUUUUUAACUGUAUACAUCUGGCUUAUGGAGAUCAUUUGAAAUUUUUUUCAUAACUUUCUAUUAAAAUAGUAAUAUAUGUAAAUAAGAUAUAUAAGCAUAUACAGUUUAGUAGAGUAUAUACAGUGCAGCCUUUCCAUAAGUUGCCUGAGGAAACUCAUCAAAGUCUUGAAGAAAGUUAUCACACUUCUGAUUCCUUCUGUGUUUUACACCCUCAAUGUCACUUGUUGCUUUUGUGGUUCUAUCCAACUCGUGUUGAGGGGUCUUCCCAUUGACUUCAGUGGGAGAUGAAGAAAACCUAAGCACACAAAAGUAUAUAGGGUUGAAACAAUUGUUUAUUUAAAAAGAAGGCUGUUAUCCUGCAAUCAAGCUUAUACCUAGUAAUAAGCACCUGAGUACCUAACACAUUUACUUCCUGGUGAACAGAUGCUUAAAGCUAAGCAUGUGAAUGCUUGCAUGAUUGGAGCCUAGUGAAGAAUCUUUGUUGUUCCAAUUACAAUGUGUGUAUAAAAUUUCUACACUGGAAGGCUUCCUGUGUGUGUGUGUGUGUGUGUGCGCACGCGUGCGCACACACGCACGCACUCUUGAUAAGUCUUGUAAACAAUCCCACCAGUUUAGUUAGUAAAAGUAAAGAUUGUUUCAAGAAAAAUGAGCUCAAAAGGAAGAGUCGGCACUUUUCUACAGUAGCGCAGCAGUUUAUUAGAUUAGGUGUGUGAAUUCUCCAUGGGUACAAAGGAACAAACUGUCAUUUUACAUUCCCUCUUCCAUAAAAGGUCCGAAAAGUUUUUCGUUCUUCAGUGCUUCAUAUAGUCUUAUUAACUCUUCAAUGGUUACAUUAAAGAUGAAACAUCAGCAAGUUUCCCACUUAUUUUGAAUCUCAUUCUGAUUUGAGAUUUGGUUGGAAUUUCCAGAUUUGUUUUGUGUUUUUUUUCCCUUAAUUUCCUAGAUGAAAUCAGUUUCUGAAGAUGGCAAUGUGCAUGAGAUCUCUUGUACAUAUUUUGUGCAGUACCUAGACUCUCUUGUACUACUGUUCUGUAUAGAGGAUGAACGGAAAUUAUUAUAAAGCAUUGGGAAAGACAUAGUAUUGUAUUUGUAACAAUAUCGUUCCUUGUAACACUGAACUUGAUCUCCCUAGAGCCUAGAAUGUUGAUAUUGCACAUCUGAAUGUAAUUUCUCUGAUGUUUUUUGUCACAGGUCUUUGACCUUUUCUCUGUAAUGAAGCUGCAGUGGUUCAAUGGGGGGAGGAUGAGUUUGGGGGUGUUUUGGGGGGAGAGGAGUUUGGGUUUUGGGGGUGGGGGAUUGCCAGCUAUUUUGGUGUGAUGUAUUUACUGUGCUACAUUCCUUUAUUUAGCAGAGCAGUAAUGUCUGUAAGAAUUACAACAAUAAAAUACAGAACAAAAAUA